CUGGUGUCGAUAGAUUCCAGCAUCCCAGGAGGCUGUGGGGGAGCAUCAAGCAAUGAACUGAUGUUGGCUUUGCCACCUGCUCUCCUGACAUCAGCAGUAAAAUCACACCGUGUCUUGGUCUGUCCUCACAGAGUGAUAAUGGGGUGCUCCUCAGUGGAAUAGGUUAUCCCAUCCUUUCUCUUGGCUAUUAGGGCAUUCUGCAUUACUGAAAGAAGUCGCUCCUGUUUGUGGAUUGACCUAUGAUGUCAAGAACUGCAUCAUCCUGGAUUUUAAGCUCAGCAAGAAACAGCAUUGCUUUACAAGGAAAAGGACGUUUGUAUUCCAGGUGUAUCCCAAAUAGAAACAAGAUAAAAUGGAAGCUUGUUUUCUGCAGAACACGCCUCUUCCCUACUGGAAGCUGGAGCUUAGACAGUACUUUCCCCUUAAGAAAAGCUUUCAGACAUACUUCCACUGAAGAAGAACAAUUCUCUUUUCAGUUGUCUCCAACACAAAUCAAUGAUGUACUCAGAGCAGGUGAAUUAUCCCAUAAAAUACUGGAUUUGGAUGGUAAAAAUGCCAAUUCUGUAUUGAGAUUUGAAAGUAACCAGUUGGCAUCCAACACCCCUAUUGAAGACCGCAGAAGUGCAGCCACUUGCUUGCAGACCAAAGGGAUGAUGUUUGGGGUCUUUGAUGGCCAUGCAGGUUCUGCAUGUGCUCAGGCAGUAAGUGAAAGACUACUUCAUUAUAUAGCAGUAUCUCUCAUGUCUCGGCAAACCUUGGAAGAGAUCGAGCUUGCUGUGGAGUGCAUGAAACCAGUUUUGCCUAUUCUGCAGUGGCACAAGCAUCCAAAUGAUGUAGAGUAUCGAGAAAUAACUUCCCAAUAUUUUGAGAACCUCCGGGUUUACUGGCAGCAUUUACUGGACCUAGACACUGAGCCAGGAUUUAGUUUAGAAGAAGCCAUGAUAUGUGCAUUCAAAAGGCUAGACUCAGACAUAUCACUGGAAGUUCAGGCUCCCCAGGAAAGCGAACUGAUGAGAAAUAUUGCUCUUCAAGUAGCUUUCUCUGGCGCAACAGCCUGUGUGGCUCACAUUGAUGGUGUUCACUUACAUGUUGCAAAUGCUGGUGAUUGCAGAGCAGUUUUAGGGGUACGUGAAGAAGAUGGAACAUGGUCUACUCUCCCUUUAACUCGAGACCACAAUGCCUUUGAUGAAUCUGAAAUUAGAAGACUAAAGAGAGAACAUCCAAAAUCUGAGGAGAAAACUCUAUUUGUGAAUGACAGAUUACUGGGGAUUCUCAUGCCUUCUAGAGCUUUUGGAGAUGUCCAAUUAAAGUGGAGUAAAGAAUUACAACACAGUGUUCUGGAGAAUAGCUGUGAUGCUGAGGCUUUAAAUAUUUAUCAGUAUGUUCCUCCAAACUACCAUACACCCCCUUAUUUAACUGCAGAGCCUGAAGUCACGUACCACAAAUUAAGGGGCAAGGAUAAGUUUCUAGUUAUUGCUUCAGAUGGACUAUGGGAGAUGCUAAGUAAUGAGAAGGUUGUACAACUUGUUGCUGGACACCUUACAGAGCUUAACAUGGGGAAACCACAGCUGGCUUUUGAGAAACCAAUUAAUUUGGGUUAUAUGCACAACUUGCUGCUUCGGAGGAAAAACAGAGGCAUUGGCUCACUUGACCAGAACAUAGCUACUCACUUAAUAAGGCAUGCAAUUGGAAAUAAUGAGUAUGGGGAGGUGGACCAAGAGAAACUUGCUGCAAUGCUGACACUGCCUGAAGACCUUGCAAGAAUGUACAGAGAUGAUAUCACAGUAACUGUAGUGUAUUUUAAUUCAGAAACAGUUGAAAAUUAUUACAAAAACAAUGAAUAGAGACUUGCUGUUCUAUAUCAAUUUAGUCAAUUUUGGUACUGGAAACCAUUGCUAUUUGUUUUCCCUGAUACUCGAGCUGGUACAAGUGUCAUCCUUUGGAAGUUCCUGAAACUUCUGAUUACUGACUAGUCUUGAAAAUAAAUUUCUAGAAGUCAGUCUAAUGAAAGUUGCUUGGGUUUCCAGGUCUGUGCACACUGAGGAAAAAUGUUUUGAUAAAAGUUAACUGAAAUAUAACUGAACUAAAGAUUGCCAGUCUAGUUCUGAUUCCACAGGAGCAACUGGUAAAACUUUUCAAAUGAACAAACAGGCAACAAAUUUCACUGAGACUGGUGCAGUUUGAUAGGGAGAUGAAUAGUAGCUGUAGCUGCCUGGAUUACAAGAAAUGCUCCACUCUUGUGCAUAACGAGUAGCCUCCUAUUGAAGCACUGUAAUUGAAAUAAAUGAAUAAACUCCCAAACCACUAUUUGAUGUAAGUGUGUCAGAUACUUUAAAGAAUUGCUUUGUAUGUGUGAAGCUUAACUAAACAAGGCUGUUCAGACUGCCUUGGGACUGUCAGACGUUUUUUCCUAAUGUCAUGUCUUACAGCUACGGUAGAAACAAAAGCAUAUUUUCUUCAGGAAUUAUUUUAAAGUAUGCAUAUUCUCUUAACUGUGUGUGUGGACUUGUAUGACAAUUUAUAGCUCAAAGGCACUUGAGGGAAUUCAUGGUUCCUUUUUUAGGAAUGUAUUCCUAAUUUAAUAAGUACCUAACGCCAUCAACCAACAGUACUGGGCAUUCAGUGUCUAACUUGCUUAAAGAACAUACUCUUUAUAUUAAGUAUUGAUCUGCGAACUGUUGCACAACAAAACCAUCAACUGUAAUUUUUAAAGUGUUCUACAGAUCCAAAAGUUGAAAAGUACAUCUACAUGUAAGUGCGGCAAUACAUAGAGCACCUUUGUCUCUGAAUUUCACUUUCAAGAGAGAAUUAGCAAUGCUGAUAUUUCACCAAAAAAUAUGUUUUAUCUUUUUCCCUUUCCUUCUUGCUUUUGGACAUGAGCUUGUCUUUAUAGGUGCAGAUAGUCAUUUUCUGUAGUGAAUAUAUGUUCUAAUCUCAGAAAAUAUACUUUUGUGUAUUUUAUAACAGCUUUCUUUUAUGCUGUGCUUUCUAGAGUGCCUAUCUAAAGCUUGAAGAUUAUCUGUAUUUUCUUAAAUUUCACAGAUGAUGUUCUCUAGUGACUCUGUUCCUUGUUAUGCACAGCAGUAAUUGUUGCCUGCAAGAAUGUGUGUACUGGGAAUAGAGGCCUGUUUACAGCUGUUGCUAUGAAGUAAGAACCUGUGUGGGUGAAGCAGAGCUGGUAUAAAUAAGAUCACUUUUUUUCUGAAUUCCACUUAAAAAUAAAAGCAGUAUUCUUCUGCCAUUUAAUUUUCCUUACAGAAAUUUUUAAGUAGAUGAGACUUUGGGCCUAAACUGGUAGCACUUGUGGGUUUGAGGGCUUUUUAUAUAUAUUUUUCCCCCCCUCCCCCCAGUUAAAAACUCUCAGUGCUUUUUCAGGCAUUUAAAUAAUUUGUUCUGAGGAUUGUUUAAAAGGAAACUAAAAACUACUUAAAGAAAAUUCAUGCAUUUGACUACACAGAAUUUACCUUUAAUUCAGUGUUACAACUGCGAUCACCGCAUGCAUCAUUACACAUUACAGACGUGUACUUUGUAAGUUGUCCUCUUCCAUUUCUCCCACUGCAGCAUCUGUAAAUUCAAAGCUAAUUGUUGUAAAGAUGCUCUUUGGUGCAAAAAUCUUUGCACCAGAAAAACAUUCUACUCUAAUACGUAGUAUUCUUCCGUGUACUCUGUGUACUGCUGUUAGUGCUCUAAUGCAAUACUGGAGUGCAUCCAGCAAUUCAACCUGGAGGCAGUUAGCACUGUUUUUUCAGGUAAAAUUUGUUCCCAUUGAUAUCAACGAAACAGGAUUGGCUCAAGAAAUCUGAGAUUUGAAUCUUCUUGUUGGUAGGAUGCUUUAGGAAGAGUUCAGGUAUGUGUAAAAUGUUACAGACAUUGCUGAAAUUCUUGUAGUUUGGGUCCAAUUUAGUUUGCUAAGUAUGCCCUCAUGCAUGAGAGAGGUACUAGGUAGCCUGAGAUUUUGUACUCCAGAAAAAGGCAAAGGGUGAAGGUCGGGCUGAGCGUUAACCUGAGCAGGUGGCUGGCCUACCUCCAAGCCCUCUGGGUGAGGAGGGGACCACUCUGCAGUGGCAUUCCUGAACCCUUUUGGCUUUAAGUGGGCUAUUUCCAUUCACUUGUACAAAACUUUCUGUAUGAUUAGUUACAUGCUUCAUUCCUGUUGUAAUUUUGUGCAUGAGGCAGUAGAAGACAAGCGCUUCUAGAUUACCUCUUAUUGGAGGAGGAAAUUAUUUAACAGCGUAGCUAGAACAACAAAGGGAUUAAACGAGAUUAGAGUAGAUGUGAAGCGAUUUGUUUUACAAAAAAAAAAUUCCAGAAAACAUUUAAUGUCGAGCAAACCUCUAACAGCAGAGGUAGUGCAGGAAAUCAGUGUUACAGCUAAUAAAUAGUCUUAAAGUAAAAGUAAGCUGCCUUGCAAUGAAGAAGAAUAGAAUGAGUAGAAUGAAAUCUACAUUGCCACAGUGAUUCUCUCAAAAGACAUUAAGUCAUCUGAAAUGUUACUCCUAGAUACACUGUUGUAACUGCAAAUUGAUGAUGAUUGUUUAAAGGACAGUAAGAAGGGUACUACUAAUUUCCUGUUAGUUUUGCUCAGUGUAACAUGCAGCACUAUAAUUAUCCUACUGUGGAAAGGGAUAACAUUAAACCAAUUACUGAGUUUUAAAAAAGAACACAAAUCAUGGGUUUAACUGCAUGCUCCCUGACAAUUUGUUGCAGGCCAACGGCAGUGAUCUGUCCUUACUUGCGGUUAUGAUGAUUCUAUCGGUUUGAAUCAGAUCCUAGACAUUCUCAUCUCUAUCAGCAAAACCAGCUAGUAGGCAUUAAUAAGCAUAGUGUGUUGUGACUUGAAGAUGCAAGAACAACAUUUAAAUGAGUGAACUAAAUGUGUUAAUCUGCUCCUGUAAGCACAAUGAUAUGAAGAUCUGAUAGUACAUUUAGGUGCAAGUCUUGUGAAAUCCUAAAUACUUGUUGGAACAAAUAUCUUUACAGGCAGUCUGUUUGCUUUAGGUUAGGUCAGUUCUAUUUGGAUUUUUUAAAAAAAAAACUUCCUUAACAGUCCAUAUUGGAGAAGGUAUAGUCAAAAAUACAGUCACUCCAGAUGUCUCAAGUGUGAGUUCUAAAUAGCCCCAGAUGUGCCUCUUAACUCUAAGAAACAAAUCUGAGGUGAAGUGUUGAUGUAUGUACUACAAAAAAUAUGCUUUUCUUCCCUAACAUUUAAUCCGUGGGUUUGGGUUGAACUGCAGCUUUGUCACUUUGCUUUUUCUCCAGAACUCUUAUUCUGUGUUCCUAAAUGAUUCUGCUUAUUUGUGUUUAAGUCUUCAGGUCUUCAUCAUGUAUUUAUUGUUUUUUUUUCUAACUUCACUGUAAAUAGUGAGGGGGAUCACUGUUUUGUAAAUAACAUUUACAUUUUCAUUCUACAC